GUGGUGAAGCGGAGAGUGAAUGUUGGACUUGACUGUACCAGCCUGGAAGACGACAUCCAAUGAAUGAUUUUGCUCCCACCUGUUGGAUUUCAAAGUCUAGCGCCCCCCUAAGCUGACAGUCAUAACCCUUCAUCCAAUCCGCGGGGACAGGACCGCUGCUCUGUCAGUCUCUUUCCCCGCUCUUGAGCGCCCGGCUAUGCGGUGCUGAGCAGGUGUGAGCAUCGUGGAAAAGGACACACAGACGCCCCGCGUUUGUCCGCUACGGAAGGAAAACCUGGCAGUCUGCUAAUGUUCCAUCACCUCAGCUACAAGCUGUAACCCCACCAGGUGGUCCUCACUUCAACAUCAUGCUGCACCUCACCCUGCUCCUCCAUGCCCUGGUCCUGGUCCUCUCGCUCUCCCCUGCAGAUGCAUCAGUGCAUGGGGAGGUACCUGACUUUUAUGGAGACGAAGCCACAGGUUAUGGGCCAGUGUUCGAGGAGCAGCCGGUGGAGACCAUCUACCCUGAGGAAUCGCCGGAGGCAAAAAUCACCAUGAGCUGCAGGGCCAGGGCCAGUCCACCUGCUACAUACAAGUGGAUGAUAAACAACACGGAAAUUAACCUGAAUGCAGAAGGCAGCCACUACAGUUUAGUGGGAGGCAACUUGGUCAUCAGCUACCCCACCAAAGCCCAACAUGUAGGGAAGUACUCCUGUUUGGCUACCAACAUGUACGGCACGGUCAUCAGCCGAGAGGCCUCAGUCCAGUUUGGAUACCUUGAUCUUUUCUCAUCGGAGGUGAGGGAGUCCGUGUACAUCAAAGAGGGACAGGGGGCUGUGCUGCUUUGCGCGACCCCACCGCAUUAUCCAGAUGAGCUGUCGUUCCGAUGGAUCCUUAAUGAAUUCCCCACCUUCAUCGCAAUGGACAAGAGGCGUUUUGUCUCCCAGACAACGGGUGACCUCUAUAUCUCCAAGGUGGACUCAUCAGACAGCGGCAACUAUUCUUGCAUUGUGUCCAGCCCGUCUAUUUCCAAGAGCGUUUUCUCCAACUUCAUCCCCCUUGUGCCUCUGGCUGAACGGCCCAUCAGGAAAUACCCUGCUGAUCUCAGAGUGAAGUUCCCUGACACCACUGCUCUCGUGGGGCAGAAUAUCACCUUGGAAUGCUUCGCUUUGGGAAACCCCGUCCCUGAAGUCCACUGGAAGAAGUUAGGCGGGCCGCUGCCGCCCAACCACGAGGUGCGAAUGGCGGGGGCUCAUCUGCACCUGUACAACGUGCAGUUUGAAGACGGCGGCACGUAUCAGUGUGAGGCUGUGAACUCGAAAGGAAAGGACUACCACUCUGCACGUGUGUCUGUAGAAGCUUUUCCUGAGUGGGUGGAGCCCAUCAGCAGCACAGAGAAAGACCUCAGUAGCGCUUACACUAUGUCCUGCAACGCGAGUGGCAAACCAAAACCACGAAUCCGCUGGCUGAAAAAUGGAGAACUGCUUGACAGGAAAGAGAUGAGAUUCAGCAGCUUGACGUUUGACGAUUCAGGGAUGUACCAGUGCAUAGCGGAGAAUCAUCACGGAGUCAUAUAUGCCAAUGCAGAGCUGCGUGUGUUUGCCUCUGCUCCCACGUUUGAACACAACCCUGUGAAGAGAGUCCUGGCAGCUCGAAACGGCCGUGUCGUGAUCGAAUGCCGACCCAGAGCUGCACCAAAGCCCAUCUUCUCCUGGAGCAAAGACACGGAGCUGCUUUCCAACUCUACCAGGGUAUUCAUCUGGGAGGAUGGGAGCCUGGAGAUCCUCAACCUGACACGAGCAGAUGAAGGCAGGUACACCUGCUUUGCGGAAAAUGACCGGGGCAAGGCCAACAGCACGGGCGCUCUGUUGGUUACAGACUCUACAAAGAUCACCUUGGCACCGUCCAGUUCUGACGUUAAAGUCGGUGAGGACACCUGGAUGCAGUGCGCCGCGUCGCAUGACCCCUCUCUGGACAUCACCUUCAUCUGGUCCCUGGAUGGACGGGUCAUUGACCUAGACAAGGACAGUCAACAUUACGAGCGCACCCCGAAUGGAAGCUCCAACGGCGAGCUAUUGAUCAAGAACGCCCAGCUGAAGCAUGCCGGACGCUACACCUGCACCGCACAGACCCCCAUUGACAAUGUUACCGUCUCUGCCCACCUGGUUGUUAGGGGUCCGCCCGGUGCCCCAGGUGGGUUGCGAGUGAUGAACAAAACUGACAAGAGCGUAACGUUGCAGUGGAGCCGUGGAGCAGACAACCACAACCCCAUCUCCAAAUAUACCAUCCAGUACAGAGAGUCUUCCUCAAAGGAUGUCUGGAAGACCGCCACUACAUCUCCUGCAGAUGUAGAGGGGGAUAAAGAAAAUGCCACAGUGGUGGAUUUACUCCCCUGGACAGAAUAUGAGUUCAGGGUGAUCGCCACCAACACUCUGGGGACAGGAGAUCCAAGCAGCCCAUCACCUAAAGACAAAACCCUGGAAGCACUUCCUGUGGUGGCGCCCUCGGACGUCGGCGGGGGUGGAGGGACUAGCAGAGAGCUGACCAUCACGUGGACGCCUGUACAGCCCCAGUACUACUAUGGGCCAAACUUUGGGUACAUCGUGGCCUUUAAACCGCGCGACGGAUACGAGUGGAGGAAAGUGAUAGUAGCUGACCCGCAGGCCAAACGCUACGUCCACAAAGACUCCUCCAUCCCUCCGUCGGCAGAGUUUCAAGUCAAAGUCAAAGCGUUCAACAGGAAAGGAGAGGGACCCUUCAGCCUAACAGCUGUCAUUUAUUCUGCACAGGAUGGAAUUACCCCUCAAGGACAUAUCCUGAAAACGGUUCCCUUACUGCAAACUAUCAAACUGCGUUUCUCCUCAGCUCCAUCUAAAGCUCCUGUAAGCGUUGAUGGCAGAGCUCUCUCUGCCACAGAAGCCAUUGUGUCGUGGCUGCCUCUAUCCCAGACCAAUAUAGAUGGAUAUCAGGUGAAGUACUGGAGGACUAAUGAGGACAAUGAAGGGGGAGCCCAGGGUGUGGUGGUUUCUGGCAGGGAGAACCACACCAGGCUGGAGGGUAUGAAGCCCGAUUCCCACUAUGUUGCUGAGGUUCGGGGCUACAAUUCUGCAGGAUACGGGCCGGCAAGCGAGCAAAUCCAGAUUCACACCAAGAAACCCCCUCCAAGUCAAGCCCCCAGAAUAAUUGGCAAAAAGUUCAAGGGCCAGUCAAUAAAUAUUGCCUGGGAACAAGUGGAACCAAAGGCUAACGAGGCACGGAUAGAUGGUUACAAAGUGCUGUACAGGCAGCAGGGCCACUCCUUAGGCACCCUGUACACAACCAUGAAACGGUACAUAGACCUUCCCAUGCCCACAGAUGGGAUCUAUGUGGUGGAGGUCCGGGCGUACACAGAGGGGGGAGACGGGGCUGUCGCACAAAUCCAAAUCACAGCUGGAAGCGCCAUGGCUGCCCAGUCUCUCAGUGUACUCUCCCUGCUCCUCGUGGCUCUCCUCUGCCUGAACCUCUGAAUGUAGCGCCAUCUUUGUCUUCACUUCCCGUGAAGGAGACUCUUUAUGGUUGACGCCUAUAAAGACUUUGGGACUCUUUCCACAAACGUUUGGUUCCACCCUAUAAACCGGGACGUCAUAUUCCGACUCUUCCCCACUGGAAUAUGUUUGUGGAAACGGAAAAGAAAAUUGGAAAAUGGACAAAGACAUCCCUUAUUUAUCCACAAAAAGCCUCUUUGGAGGAGUGUCAACGGAGUUCUGUCAACUUUUUUAAAUAUGCCUUAUAUAAAUGACUGCACUUAUCUUUCACAAUAACCUGUUCUCAAAUGGAUCCUGACUGAAAGUGUGAACAUCACACUUUGCAUAGGUCGGCUGUUUAGUCUUUUUACAUCAUGAAGCCGACCUUUCUCACAUAAAUGAAGGCGCUGUCUGUUCAGAAACGUAGGCUUCAUUUGAUCUGCGAUAUUUUGGAAAAUCUAUCCUACAGUGCAUUCCAUAGUUUAAGGUAAACAGGUUGCUGUGAAGGAUAAGUGUAUGAGUUUAUAAAAAUGUCUUUAUGUCUUUCUUUACUUGCAGUUCAGUGGCAUUUUUCUUCUAUUUUCUUUUUACAAUGAAGCACACCCUUUGUUACAGAGAUACAGUCAAAGCAAAUCUCACCGAUCAUUCUUGAUUUUAUUAACAACAUCAUAGAGGAAAGAGCAGUUUAUGUCAUGCUGAAAUACUAUAUCAAAUAAUUGUUUUUUUUCCUAUCUAAUAUGCUAUGGAUGUUAUUUGAAGAUCUGACCUGCAAUCAGUGCUUAUUUGCAAACUAUAACAUGAGCUCUAUUAAUAG